UUGGAAGCUGUCGGGAAGAAUUAAGUUAAGGAUUUUUCCACCAUGUUUGGGAAAAAGAAGAAAAGACUUGAAAUUUCUGGGCCCUCUAACUUCGAGCACCGGGUCCACACUGGCUUUGACCACCGGGAGCAGAAGUUCACGGGACUACCUCAGCAGUGGCACAGUUUGCUGGCAGACACGGCCAACCGGCCGAAGCCUAUGGUGGAUCCAUCAUGCAUCACUCCCAUCCAGCUCGCGCCUAUGAAGACUAUUGUUAGAGGAAAUAAGCCACGAAAGGAUACUUCAAUCAAUGGCCUGCUGGAAGAGUUUGACAAUAUCUCAGUGACACGAUCCAAUUCUCUGCGGAAGGAAAGUCCACCCACCCACCACCAAGGAAAUGCAAACCACGUGCCGAGACACCAGGAGGAAAAUGGGUAUAUCACGUAUUCCCAGUACUCCAGUGAGUCAGAAACUACAACAGACUAUGUCGUGGAAAAGUAUCAAGACAAGACUCAUUAUGGGGAGGAGUUAGACAGGUACUACAAAGGAAGCUAUGCCACCAAACAGAAUGAGCACGUGAUGAAGGUGACAUCCCGGGACGUCUAUUACUCAGAAGUGACACCCCUGCAGCCAGACUUCUCCAGGUUCCUCCCAGAUUACCAUGCACACUUGGACACAAAGCCCAAACCACUGGAAUACGGUGGCCUAAAGCUGGAGUAUCAGCGGAUCCCCAGCGGAUCCUCCCUGGACUAUAGAGAUCCCUUUCCUUACACCCCGUCCCGAGCGUCAGUGCAGAGUGAGUGUCCCAAGGAGAGGCUGGAGUACAGCGAUGGCGACUGGGGACAUGGCCUGGGCAAGGAUGACUAUGACAAAAGGCCCAAGUCAUCCUAUGUGGACCCGGCGAGCCCUCAGCCCACAAUGAGGCAGAGGUCCAGGUCGGGCUCUGGUCUGCAGGAGCCAGCCAUGCCCUACAGAGCAAGCGCGUUCAAAGCACACCAGCAGGGACAUUCCUACAGCUCCUACACCUACCCCCGCUUGUCCGAAACCGCAGCAGGCAUCCCCAAGGUAACUUAA